CAAUUCGUAUAUAUGAAUGAAUGAACAAAACGGAGGGAACUCUCUCUCUCUCUCGAAACCCUACCUGUUUUCACACAACUGUGGAUUGAAGUCAAUCACAAAAACGUUCAUAUCUCUCUCUAAAACUUGUUGAUUCUGUUUUCUCGACGCCAUGGACGUCGAAAUCAAGAAGGAAAUUCUUGGAGUUGAAAUCAAGAAGGAAAUCGUCGAACAAAACGAAUUUCCAGAGAUAAAUCGAACUUCUUCACCGGCUAGGGUGAUCGACAUUAGUAGCACUGACUCUGAUUCGAACUCCGAAUCUGACGAUACGGAUGACUCGGACGUCGAAGGACUUCUGAGAAAGAAGAGAAAACUCGACCUCGCAUUGCCGGUUGGGUUUCUCGAUCCUCUUCCUCCUCCUCCGGAAGAACGAAUGACGAUUGUCGCCGCGAAUAAGAAUCAUGGUCUUUCUCCGGAAGAAUCGGCGUCGCAUACAAAGGCGGCUGUUGCAAAUUCUAGUUCUCCGCAAUCUAGUGCGGUUGUUCAGAGCUGUAAGCAGUUUUGGAAAGCAGGAGAUUAUGAAGGGGACAAUGGCAUUGAUUCUUCUUCGUUUUCUGUUGGCAUGGAUCAUGUCAGGGUUCAUCCAAGAUUUUUACAUUCCAAUGCUACCAGCCAUAAAUGGGCUCUGGGAGCUUUUGCGGAGCUUCUUGAUAAUUCUUUGGAUGAGGUCUGUUAUGGAGCUACUUAUGUCCGUGUAGAUAUGCUGAUAAACGAGAAAGAUAAAAAUAAAAUGUUACUAGCUGAAGAUAAUGGUGGGGGAAUGACUCCUGAUAAAAUGCGCUGGUGCAUGUCUCUUGGGUAUUCUGUAAAAUGCAAAAUGGCGAACACUAUUGGUCAAUAUGGAAAUGGUUUUAAGACUAGUACUAUGAGGCUUGGUGCAGAUGUUAUUGUAUUUUCACGUUGUCCGGGUAGUCAUGGUAGGAGCCCAACACAAAGUAUUGGAAUGCUGUCUUACACAUUCUUGAGGAGAACAGGCAAGGAAGAUAUUGUGGUUCCCAUGAUUGAUUAUGAGAGAGAAGGACAAGAUUGGAAGAAGUUGACACGAUCUUCACUUAAUGACUGGAGUAGAAACUUAGAAACUAUUUUGAAGUGGUCACCAUAUGCAAGCGAAGAAGAUCUUCUUCAGCAGUUCAAUACAUUAAAAGAGCAAGGUACACGCAUCAUAAUAUACAAUCUUUGGGAGGAUGACCAAGGACAGCUGGAACUUGAUUUUGACACAGAUCAAAAUGACAUUCAAAUUAGAGGGGUGAAUCGAGAUGAGAAGAAGAUAGAGAUGGCAAAAAAUUACCCGAACUCGAGACACUUUUUAACUUAUCGGCAUUCAUUGAGGAGUUAUGCAUCAAUUCUGUAUCUGAGAAUUCCAUCUGGUUUCCGUAUUAUUCUGCGUGGAAAAGAUAUUGAUCAUCAUAAUUUAGUUAAUGAUUUGAUGCUAACUAAGGAGAUUACAUAUAAACCAGUGGCUAUUGCUGAUGGGAUGCCGAAGGAUCCAAAUAUGGUAGCUGUUGUGACUAUUGGGUUUGUAAAAGAUGCGAAGUAUCAUAUUGAUAUUCAAGGGUUUAAUGUUUAUCAUAAGAAUCGACUGAUCAAGCCAUUUUGGAGGGUCUGGAAUGCUGCUGGAAGUGAUGGGCGUGGGGUUAUAGGUGUGUUGGAAGCUAAUUUUGUUGAACCAGCUCACGAUAAACAGAGCUUUGAGCGCACAACUGCACUGGCGAGACUUGAGGCAAGAUUAGUUGUGAUGCAGAAGAGUUACUGGUCUACAAACUGCCAAGAAAUUGGUUAUGCUCAGCGACGACAUUCAAAGAAGUCUGUUUCUCCAAAUAGAGAAAGUAUACCUGAUAAAAGAAACAAAUCCUCUACACGUUCAAAUUCAAAUGAGCACCUUUACUGUAAUGGUGGAUCUAAAUUGAAGUCCACCAAAAGAAAUGAAUACAGGUUGGCUGCAGCUGAUGAUGCAAGCGAAGAUGAGAUCAAAUCUGCGAAUCACGAGAGACCAAAAAGAAGUCAUCAUAAGGCAUCCCCUGCGCAUGUUGAGACUACGCAAAAUGGGAAAUCCGAUUGCAUCGCUGGACACACACAUUCAAUGGUCGAUGAUUUUGAUGGGGAUGAACAUGCAUCCGCCAACUCCAAUGCAGGGAGUAUGUCCAAGUUAAAGGAAGAAAAUCAUGAACCGAGUGAAAGAUUGGAGAAAGUAGACAGAUUAAUGAUGGUUGAUCUACAUCAUGAUCUAAAGUCUGAAAGAGAGAGACGUAGAUCACUAGAAAUUAAACUUCAGGAUGCAAACAAUAAAAUUGAGGAGAUGGAUAGAGAACAAGAAGCUCUGAUUAACAUAUUCUCCGAAGAAAGGAUCAGGAGAGAAGCUGAGGAGGAGAGUUUGAGGAACAGGUUAAAGAAUGCUUCGAAUACCAUCCAAGAUUUACUCGACAAGGUCAAGCUGCUAGAGAGCAAGAGGAUCCCAAGUUGCAAAACUGAGCGUUGAAGUGCAUACUGCUUAGUUCUUCAGCCUCGAUAUUUAAAGUGGCUUAUAGUAUAUAUUCCCUAUACAGGAUUAACGCUUUUAGAAUAGUCAUGGACUGAUGCACAUUUUUUUUCCUCAACUAACUGAAAGGGCAACAAAGAGGUGUGUGCAGAUGUAGGAGGUUUUUCCUCAAUUGUUAUCCUUUACACGCUAAUUAUAUUUUAGUAUAUACUGAAUGUUACUGGGAAUUAUUUUUAGGAGGUUUUGUUAAUAUGUAGACUCAUCUUGGCCUCGGGAUGUUCUUAACAGGUUAAUGUUUAUAUGUUUUUUGUAAUAUGUGGAAUGUGAGGAUUGUUGUCUAUGCCUAGUCCUAAUCUUUUUUCACAAGUCUCCCACCAAACUUGAUGUUUCAUUUCUUAAGUUUAGUAGAACGAAUUGGUGAAUGGAUGAAAUUAAGUAAGAAGUGAUAAUAAGCAUUCCUUGGAUACAUAAAAGAGUCAGCAAAUUGUUGAAAUUUUACAACAUUAUUGAUACUACGGAAAAUGUAUACAAUCUUGAAGCUAAACCAAUAAAUUGGAUUGCCAA